AUGAAGAAAUUAAUCAGUGUGAAUAUGAACACACCUACAAUUAAAGCACUAAUAAUUAUUGAUUUAGAUGGAAAACGAAUAUAUAGUAAAUUUUAUGAAAAAAAUCCAAAUGUUCCAUUACAUAAACAACAUGAUAUUGAAACACGAAUUGCUAAAGCAGUUUCAGGAAAAGGAAAUAGUGAAUUAUUUUUAUUAGAUAAAUAUGUUGUUUUAUAUAGAAUGGUAUCAGACCUUAUUAUUGCAGCAUUAACAGAUCCACAAGAAAAUGAAUUAUUUGUUAGUAAUGCAUUAAAUUGUAUUGUAGAAGGAUUUGAAAUAAUAUUUGAUAAAGGAUUAGAUAAAAAGAUAGCAUUAGAAUUUUAUGAUAAAAUUGCAAUUGCUAUUGAUGAAGUUAUAGAUGAUGGAAUUAUUCUUGAAGUUGAUUCAGAAGAAAUGGCUAAUAGAGUUAGUUUUAAGAAUAUUAAAGGAAAUGAAACAGGAUUUGGUGGAGAUGGUACAUUUACUAGUGCAUUAAAUUUUGCUAAAGGAUCAUUAUUAGGACUGUGGAGAGGUAAAUAA